UCUGCACACACAACACACCUGCAGUUUCAAAGCCACGCCCACAUACCUGCGAGAAUCAGGAAAUCAUUAUUUGGGCCUGACGACAUAAAAAUACUCACCAGGAUUUCGUCCCGUUGAAACCCUCAUCGUCCUCUGCGUCAUUCACAUCCAUUUCUACUUUUCGGGUUAGUCUGCUGUGGGCACAUAAGAACAGAAGAACAGAAGGAGUUUCACCUGGGACCAGCCUGGCUCUGACCAUACCAGCACUGACCUACUCAAGUCCAGCUGCAAGUUACGCUGGUCCAGAGAAGCCCAUUACUUGUAUCUUCGCCGCCUCUCUUCACGCAGCUACUCGGCUAUUACGAUGAACCCGGUCAUGGAGGAGACCGUGUGGGAGCAGUACACCGUGACCCUGCAGAGGGAUCCGAAGAUGGGCUUUGGCAUCGCAGUGUCAGGUGGUCGGGAUAACCCCAACGAGGAGAGUGGCGAGGUGUCCAUUGUGGUGUCGGACGUCCUGCAGGGAGGACCAGCUGAUGGCUUGUUGUUUGAGAGUGAUCGAGUGGUGCAGGUGAACGCAAUCCCCAUGGAGGGGGCCACCCACUCCUUUGCUGUCCAGACCCUCAGGAAGUGUGGCAAAGUAGCAAAAAUUACAGUUAAGAGACCCAGAAAGGUUCCAGUCAAUCUGAUGAAUCGUCCCCCGUCACCUGAUGACAGAGUCUUCAACAACGACUACAAUGAUGAUUACAACUACGAGCCGGAACGGCGCAGUGUGUACAGCGUGCCAGACCACAGCCCGGAGAGGGAACGAGGGAGGGGAGGCUACAUGGAUUCCGGCUACCAAACACGUGAGCGGGAAUAUGACCGCCGGGAACGCGGCAGGAGCACGGAGAGGGACCUGAGCCCGGACCGGCCGUACAGGAGAGACGGCAGCAGAGGUCGCACUUUGGACAGCGAACGCAGCCCGGAUCGGCCCCCAAUGCUCGGACGCGACUACAGCCCAGACAGAAGGUACCGCAGCGAGCGCACGUUAGACCGAGACCACAGUCCAGAUCUGCGGUACCGCAGCGAGCGAGCCCUUGACCGGGAGCACAGCCCAGACAGACGCUACCGCAGUGAGAGAACACUGGACCGCACCAACAGCCCAGACCUGCGGCGCAGACGUGACAGCCACAGCCCGCCUCGAGGCCAACACGCCUUCGAACGAGGACGUGAAUACAUCCCCAGUGACGCCAGGAAGUACGACGAGCCAAUGAAGCGGAGUGGAAGCAGAGACCGUCUGGAACGCUCGCCAUCACCUCCCUCCAUUGCCAUACCUGUGCCCCGCCCUGCCCGGGACCUGGAGCCACUGGAGAAACCCCUGAAUGUACUGCUGCUGAAGAACCGGCCCAACGAAGAGUAUGGCCUGCGUCUGGGCAGCCAGCUCUUCAUCAAAGAGAUGACCAACACAGGGCUUGCCAACAGAGAUGGGAACUUGCAGGAAGGAGACAUUAUAUUAAAGAUUAACGGUACAGUGACAGAAAACCUGUCUCUCAGCGACGCAGGGAAGCUGAUCGAGAAGUCUCGCGGGAAGCUGCAGCUGGUGGUGCAGAGGGACAGACGGCAGGUGCUGAUCCGAGUCCCCCCGAUGGUCGACAGCGACUCGGAGCUCGAUGAUAUCUCAGAGAUCGAGUCGUACCGCUCCUACUCUCCACAGGAUGACAGGCGGGGCCACCACUCCGACCUCUCCUCCCACUCAUCCAAUGAGAGGCUUAGAGAGAAGCCCAGAGAGGACCCACCCAACAGGCUGGCAAAAAUGGGAGCCAUGCCGACACCAUUCAGAGUUCCCGACCGAGCUGUUGAAGAUAUGCCCCCUUUGCAGGCAGAGAGGGAGGAACCGCGCGCAGAAACACCACCAGUACCGGUGGUCACUGUCCCAAAGGUUCGUGCUCCUCCUAAGGUGCCACUGAAGCCGAGCAUAGAGGACCAAGAAGUAUAUGGGCCGAACACAAUGAUGGUGCGUUUCCAAAAAGGUGACAGCGUGGGUCUGAGGCUGGCGGGGGGGAAUGAUGUCGGCAUCUUCAUCGCUGGCGUUCAGGAAGAUAGCGCGGCCGAGCAGGAAGGUCUCGUCACAGGAGAUCAGAUCAUGAAGGUGAACAACAUGGACUUCAGAGGCAUGGUGCGUGAAGAUGCUGUCCUCUACCUCCUAGACAUUCCGAAAGGAGAAGAUGUAACUAUUCUUUCUCAACGGAAACCUGAAGUGUACAAGGACAUUUUAGCAUCUGGCAGAGGCGACUCUUUCUUCAUCAGGACCCACUUUGAGUAUGAGAAGGAGGCUCCUCAAAGUCUUCCUUUCACCAGAGGAGACAUUUUCAAAGUGACAGACACACUUUAUGAUGGCAAACUAGGCAACUGGCUGGCAAUCCGCUCUGACAAAGACAACCAGCUGCUGGAGAAAGGAAUUAUCCCCAACAAGAGCAGAGCAGAGCAAAUGUCCAACGCCCAGAAUGCUGCUCGGGCAGCAUCAGGCAACGACAGAGGAGACUUCUGGAGGUUGAGAGGUCAAAGGGCCGCAAAGAAGAAAGACAUGCGCAAGAGCAGGGAGGACCUGAGCGCAGCUCCGGUCACAACACGAUUCCCUGCCUACGAGAGAGUGGUGUUACGUGAAGCUGGUUUCAGGAGACCUGUGGUGAUAUUUGGCCCUAUUUCCGAUGCAGUGAAUGAAAAACUGGCCAACGACAUGCCGAACAUGUUUGUCGUCGCCAAAACGGAGCCGAAGGAUGCAGGAAGUGAAAAAUCCUCCGGAGUAGUGAGACUAAACACCAUCAGACAAAUCAUUGAACAGGACCGCCACGCUCUGCUGGACGUGACUCCCAAAGCUGUGGACACUCUGAACUACACCCAGUGGUAUCCCAUUGUCAUCUUUCUGAACCCAGACAGCAAACAAGGCGUCAAGACCAUGAGGAACCGCCUCGUACCCGGCUCUUCCCGCAGUGCACGCAAACUGUAUGAGCAGGCGGUCAAGCUGAGGAAGACCUGCUCACACCUUUUCACUGCGACAAUCAACCUGAACUCGGCCAACGACGCAUGGUACGGCAGCGUGAAAGAUUCCAUUCAGGAGCAGCAGGACAGAGCUGUGUGGGUGUGUGAGGGCAAGUUGGACGGUUCAGAGGAGGACCUGGAUCUCCAUGACGACCGCAUGUCCUACCUAUCAACGAUGAGCGCAGACUACCUGAGCAUGGACAGCCGCCUGAACAGCGACUACGAAGACACAGCGGAUGAGGGCGGGGCUUACACUGACAAUGAGCUGGACGAGCCAUUGGACGAGCUCCAGCCGGUGUCGGCCAUCAGUCGAUCAUCUGAGCCCGUACUGCCAGAUGAGAAACCUCACCCUGAACCCCGGGUUCGUAUAAGAAGGGCAGGGAGCAGGGAGAAGACAAACAGAGAGCCCAGCCCUCCCCCCUCAUUUGUCCCUGAACCCCCGAAGGUGCGGGCUCAGACUCGGACUGAGUCAUCACGCAGCUAUGAUUCACACUCCAGCAGCACCAUCAGCAGUGACGCAGCGGGCGGAAACAAGCCGCCUCCCCCUCCUGUGGCCCAGAAGCCCCCCGUCACCCGUCUGAACCAGCCGGAGGAGGAGGACCCCGCCGCAACAUCCUUCCUGGGCAAGAUCAAAGCUUUUGAGAAGAUGGACCACCUGGCCCGAGCUCAGAGACUCCUGGAGCUGCAAGAAGCAGAAAAUGCUCGAUUGGAAAUUGCACAGAAGCAUCCAGACAUCUACGCCGUCCCAGUCAAACUGCCAAAGCCCAACCUCAACCGUCCUCAGCCAAUAGGUUCAAGCUCCAAUCCCGAGCAGCAGGCUCCGUUCAGGCCACCGUACUCUGAGACCAGAGGACACGAGGACGACGAGGCCGAGUACCGCAGACAGCUGGCCGACCAGACCAAGAGAGGGUACUACAAUCCUCAGAAAUACAAAGACACGGAGCUGUAGGCCGGGAAACCAGGACGUGACAUCACCGCUGCAUGCGGCUGGAUUCCUCCAACGUCAUCGCUACAAGCAAACAGCGCUCGCUGCCUUGGUAACGGCUUAGGCAGCUUUACCUCUUUACCUUUUACAUCAAGGUAAACUGUCAGAGCUUUGGUUGUAGUCACAUUCCUGCGAAGAUUUCCACACUACUUUCAGACACUUUUCAGCACUGCUGUCUCACUACUGUACGUGUUGUACAAAAGCCGUACGCUGAUCCCUGCGACAAUAUUCUUAUGAAGUGUGAGGUUUUAUUUUUCCCCACUACAUUAACACCUAGCCCCAGUUGUUGUAUCUCGUGUAUAACCAUUGCAUUUGAAAGAGCAAAGCAUGUUUUUCUGAAAGAAAAAUACCCCCAUGUCAUUUUCUUUUUUUUUUUCUUUUUUUUUUCUUUUUUUUUUUUUUUUGAAUCCACAAAGACUCUUCUAAACAUCUGGAAGAAAACUAUUAUGUCCCCUGCACAAGACAACCGCCAUAUUUCCUUGCUCAUUUUGUAAAAAGAACAAUCUAAAACGUGAUGUUGUGUAUAACAUCAGAACACUAAGGAACAAUACAGACAGCUUCUCAUACAUAUUGACUAAGGACAUAUGACCGGCUACUCCAGCUACCUUUGUUUUGAUUAUGAAGCAAUCACAACUUCUAAGCUCAAAAGCUUAAUCGUGCAGCAGAUUAAAUCUUUUUCUCACCCAGGUAGUUCGAAGAGUCUUUGAGGAUUCUGGAAAUACCUUCAGAACAUCUGUAUGUGUUGUUAGAUGACCAUUUGGGUUUUUCAAAGAUCACCAGGUAUAUAUUUUUCCUUAAAACUGAUGCUUUACCUCCUACACCAUGCUGCAACCAAAUCUUAGAUACGGUACUGUAGACUGUGUACAGUAUCUAGACUCUGGUUUUACAUCUUAUUACCAAGCUUUUUUUUUUUUCCCCCAUUCAUUGUUACAGCAGGCAUGUUCAUACAGUAAUGAAGUGUUUCAGUGUGGGUUAUGCACUCUGUCAGCAGCUGCUCUGAUGUAAUAGGUGUUAAACUUCCUCUUCUUAUCACUCUCCUGCCAAGUCUUCUCUGGUUUAUUGUAAGCCUCUACAUUCCUGAUUGGACAUCUGUAUAUACACUACACCGUGUAUUUUUGGUGCAUUCUGGGAAGCGGCAUAUUUUCAAGUGCCUUGUAGCUCAAGGCACUGAUGAACUUGUUCUUGCAUAUAUGUUUUUUGUAUUAAAUAUACAGUGAACUCAGUCGCGUCUUUGUACAGGGGAGCAUCUGGAAUGUGGUGAUGACAAUCAUGUUUGAUCAGUUUCUUGUCUUUUAGUUUGUGAUUUUUCUCUUUUUUUUUUUUUUGUUUGUGUUCUCCUUAGUGUUACAGAACAGACACAAUUCAAAUAAAUGAAUUUUUUUUUUUUUUUACACUGUGCCUUUAAGUGUCAGGUUCCACGUUUGUUCAUGGGGCAGUUUGGAGAGAUUAAAGAACGGGGUAAUCUUGAAA